UUAAUUAGAUGUCAAACAAUUCAUCACAAUUUUAUGGAUUAUCAACUUUACUCAAAUCACGUAUCAAUAAUCAAUGGAGAUAUAUUCGAUUGAUAUUGUUAAACCCUAGUAAAAAUUUACAGGCAUUUAGGGCUCAACAAUGUCUAACGUGGUGGUUGUUGACAACGGCGGCGGGCUGAUUAAAGCCGGCAUCGGCGGCGAGCGCGACCCCGCCUGCGUGGUCCCCAACUGCACCGCCCGCCCAUCCUCCUCUAAAAAAUGGCUCCUCGCCGACCAGCUCCUCUCCCCCUCGGAAGACCUAACCUCCGCCACCCUCCGCCGCCCCAUGGACCGCGGCCACCUCAUCAAUCCCGACCUCCAGUCCUCCCUCUGGGCCCACCUCUUCACCAAUCUCCUCAAAAUCAACCCCUCCGCCUCCUCCCUCCUUCUCACCGAGCCUCUCUUCACGCUCCCCUCCAUCCGCCGCGCCGUCGACGAGAUCAUCUUCGAGGACUUCAAUUUCCGCGCGCUCUUCGUCGCCGACUCGCCCUCGCUCGUCCACCUCUACGAGGCAUCGCGCCGCCCCUCCGGCCUGCUGUCGAAGGCGCAGUGCAGUCUCGUCGUCGACUGCGGAUUCAGCUUCACGCACGCCGCGCCGGUGCUGCAGAAUUUCACGCUCAAUUACGGGGUGAAAAGGCUGGAUCUCGGCGGGAAGGCGCUCACCAAUUACCUCAAGGAGCUGGUCAGCUACAGGAGCGUGAAUGUGAUGGAUGAGAGCUUCAUCAUGGAUGAUGUCAAGGAGAAGCUUUGUUUUGUCUCCCUUGAUGUCCACAGGGACCUCAACAUUGCAAGGAGACCUGGAAAAAACAAUUUUUUUAGGUGUAGUUACGUGCUUCCAGAUGGCAUUACUCAUACGAAGGGAUUUGUGAAAGAUCUUGAUGAAACAAAGCGAUACUUAGCCUUGGAUGAAAAUGAAGCCCCUUCUUCCCCUGAAGGAGGAAAGGAUUAUGUCGAUCUACAGGAUGGUAGUGACAACCCCCAGCACAAAAGAAGCACUGACCUAACAAAUACUGAAUUUUCCUUGACGAAUGAGCGGUUCCUCGUCCCAGAGAUGAUAUUUCGACCAGCUGAUUUGGGAAUGAACCAGGCAGGACUUGCGGAAUGCAUUGUUCGAGCAGUUAAUUCGUGUCAUCCUCAUCUUCACCCUGUGUUAUAUGAGAGUAUCAUUUUGACUGGUGGAACCACAUUAUUCCCUCGAUUUGCCCAAAGAUUAGAGAAGGAGCUUCGGCCAUUAGUCCCAAACGAAUAUGAAGUGAAGAUCGCUACUCAAGAAGAUCCAAUAUUAGGUGUUUGGAGAGGGGGGUCACUCUUAGCAUCUAGUCCUGAUUUUGAAUCAAUGUGUGUCACCAAGGCUGAGUACGAGGAGCUGGGAUCCGCUAGGUGUCACAGGAGAUUCUUUCACUAGCUUAAAGAUCAUUAAGGCUAUGGAGGUGUACAAAAUGAAAUCCAUGGAGGAGACGUCUCCAUGGAAUUACUAAUGAAAUUGUACAAUGCUCAAUAUCAUUCAAUUCAUUGUAGCACUCUAUCAACUCCCUGGCAAAACCUGUCAACUACCAUAUAAAGUCGGACAACUGCUAUAUAAGUCCAGGUUUGUUAAUGUUGAUGAAGGCUAAUGAUGUGUUUCCUUGAAAUGGUUGGGAUUUCUCGAUAUUUAGUGGGCUACGAAAUACACACUCUACACUGAGUCGAGGCAUUUGUUAAUUCUGUGACUACAAAUAUAGCUGCCAGCACAGGUUGUGUAUCAGUCAACUCACUUGUCAUGGCGGUUCUCUUCCAUAUUCACGUCGAAGAGAAAAUCAUGGUCGCUUUUUUCGUUUGAAGAGUAACAGAUGAUAACAGAAUCGACCUGAGAUACCAUUGUAGUGUAGAAGAAUGAUUGUGAUUUCUUACUUAAAAUGGAGACAAAAUAUCGAGAUAAUUAUGGUUGUGGUAGUGAGAAGAGCAGAUGUCCUAUGUUUAUAUUUUUAGGGACUAUCUUGUUUUUGAAUUAUUCUAACACUGCCAUAUAAUGUCUACUGAGAUCUCAUCUCACUGUUAAUUUAGGGAGCAGAUUUUGCUAUAUUAA